AUGGCCUUCAACAAUGCUCAACUGCAUCCUUUUGUUGUUUUCAACAAUCAAGGCUUCCGCAUUGUUGCAGCUUACUUCAGAUACCUUCGCAGGUUCAGAGAUCGUCCCAUCUACCCUUCCUUUUCCAUUCACCCUUCUAGUUUUAAUAAAUAUGACAUGAACAUCCCCUCUCUUCUUGGUGGUCUUUGCGGGAGCUCAUUGGUUGAGAACAUGCGCUUUAGCUACCGUCGUGAGGCAGCUGGCAUGGAUGGUGAAUUUUCUGAACUGGGGUUCACUUUUGAUGCUGCUCUGCAAACCCUCACUCGUGAUAUAGGUCGUUACUAUCCUUCCCCUCUACCUGCUGGUCGCUUAUAUGAUGAUUUGAAGCAUCUUUUGGCCAAGUUAGAUGCUGAAGUAGGCCCCCGUAAGCUUGUCAGUGGCUCGGAGAGGGGGGGGGGGGGGUGUCAGGAAUAUCGUUUCUAG